AUGAUCGUCGGUGUCCAUUACGUACAACAAUUGGAAAGAGAGACGUUGCACCAGGGUCCAAUUAAGGAUGCUCAGAGAAUGAAGGAGAAAAGACUGGCCAGAGAGAAUGCUGGAGGUGUGGAUCCCGAGAAAGAGCGCCAGAGAAUGGUGAACAAGAGCGAGCACGAGUACCAGCUUGAGCUACGAAAGAAAUACGAACAAAUGCAACCGUUGAGCGGAGAAGUGCGCACAAAGGACGACGAACUGGUGGAGCUGAAGAAGUGA